AUGACAAAAAUCACCAUUCUCCUGAGCCUUUGGCUAGGUCUGGCCUCUUUGUCAUAUGGGCUGAAGAACCCAAUCAUCAGAGGAUGGAACCCUGACCCUCAUGUCAUCCGUGUAGAUGAUACCUACUACGUAGCUGUAUCCUCUUUUCUCACAUUUCCCGGCAUCCCCAUAUACAGAUCACAAGACUUGGUCAACUGGGAGUUGAUCUCCCACGCCAUCAAUGACCCUCAAAAAGUUCCUAUUACUGGCACGAGAACGGGAAAUGGCAUCUGGGCGCCUUCUUUGUCCUAUAUCAAUGGACGAUUUUACGUCACCUCAAUGGCAAUGACAGGAUCGGAUCCCGAUUAUCGAACUUACCCUCGCAUGUUCUGGGUCUCUUCGACAGAUCUCAAGACCUGGUCUGAUGUUGUAUGGGGGGAGCCAUACGGCAUUGACCCUCACCUGUUUCAGGACCCGGUAUCGAAAAAGACAUAUCUCACAAUUAUGGGCCUAAACAAUGGCUUUGAUCGGCUAUGGGGUAUCAGUCAGUGCCAAGUAGACCUGGAGAGCGGCGCUUGUGUUGGCCCUUAUCGCAGCAUCUGGAACGGCACAAUGCCCGUGACGAACAAGACCCGUCCCGAAGGGCCUAAACUCUUUUACAAGGACAAGUACUACUAUUUGGUCAUUGCCGAAGGCGGUACAGGCGCUACUCACAGAGCUUCCAUUGCUCGCUCCAAGUCUCCUGAAGGACCUUGGGACUCAUCGCCAACCAACCCAUUGAUCUUCAACGGUGCCGAUUCCAACCUCGUCGUUGGCAACACCGGGCACGCUACGUUUGCAGACACUCCUGACGGGAAAUGGUUCGCUACCUUCUUAGCCCGCCGAUAUGUCGACAAAUGGUCAGUCCUCGGGCGCGAAACCUUCUUCGCUUCGGUGAGCUGGAAAGAUGGGUGGCCCACCAUGAACAACGGCGACUACGUUUUGCUGAGCCAGAGCUACGAUUAUGGCCCCAAUGCUACAUACCCUCCCAAACCAUACGAAGAUCGCUUCGAAGGCCCCGAGCUAAGGUCAAGUUGGUAUCAGCUCCGUUCGCCAUACUCCAAAACCUACCGCCUUAAAUCCAAGGGAAAUGGAGUGGUUCUGGUGCCAAACGUCUACACACUCAGUGAUCGGGACACACCCAGUGCCAUCUUGAGAAAGCAGCAGUCUGUCAACAUGACAUUUUCCGCAACUAUACUACCCACGAGCAAGGGUCUGGGGCCAUACCAGUCCGUCGGUAUCUCGGCUUAUUCAAGUGAGCUGGCCCACCAGGAUCUUGGGGUUCGAGGAUGUGCCAAUUCAACUGGCCUUUGCAUCUUUGUGGAUAUCACUGCGGAUUCACCUGGUCCCGGAACCCCCCCAGAAACAGAAGAGUUUGCUUUGAAAUUGACACGAAUUCCCUCAGACUUGCAGCUGCACAUCCGAUCUGAACCCCGGCAGUAUAAACUAGGAUAUUCGAUUAGCAAUCAAGAAACGAAAUGGGUCAAGAUAUUCUCCCCAAGCCUUCUUCCUGUGGGAUUUGACGGCGUCAUGUUCGGGCUCUUUGCGAGUGGUAACAGUUUCCCCUGGCCCCAUGAUGGACCUGAGGUUGGGUUCAGCAAGAUUCGGGAGGAAUACUUUGAUGAGGGCUUUGGCGACUACAAGGAUGGGAAGGGGGGCAACUAG